AUGUAUGGAGUCAACCACUCUGUUGUAUCUGAAUUUGUGUUCCUGGGACUCUCAAAUUCGUGGAGUAUCCAACUUCUCCUCUUUUUCCUUUUCUCCAUGUUCUAUGUUGCAAGCCUGUUGGGGAACCUUCUCAUUGUGUUCUCAGUGACCUAUGACCCUCAUUUGCACUCUCCCAUGUAUUUUCUGCUGGCCAAUCUCUCCUUUCUAGAUCUAGGAGUUUGUUCUGUUGGGACUCCCAAAAUGAUUUAUGAUCUUUUCAGAAAGCACAAAGCAAUCUCUUUUAGGGCCUGUAUAACCCAGAUCUUCUUUAUUCAUGCUAUUGGAGGCACAGAAAUGGUGUUACUCAUAGCCAUGGCUUUUGACAGAUACGUAGCUAUAUGUAAGCCUCUCCAUUACCUGACUAUUAUGAAUCCACGAAUGUGCAUUUUUAUUUUGACUGCUGCCUGGAUUCUUGGCUUAAUCCAUUCAGUUGUUCAACUGGCUUUUGUUGUAGACUUGCCCUUCUGUGGGCCUAAUGUACUGGACAGCUUUUACUGUGACCUCCCUCAGCUUAUUAAACUUGCUUGCACAGAGACCAAUAAGCUGGAAUUCAUGGUCACAGCUAACAGUGGAGUAAUUUCUGUGUGUUCUUUCUUUCUACUGAUAAUUUCUUACAUUUUCAUUUUGGUUACUGUUCGGAAACACUCUUCAGGUGGUUUAUCCAAGGCUGUCUCCACUUUGUCAGCUCACGUCACUGUGGUAGUUUUAUUCUUUGGGCCAUUAAUCUUCUUCUAUACAUGGCCCUUCCCCUCCUCACACUUGGACAAGUUUCUUGCUAUAUUUGAUGCAGUUCUUACUCCUUUUCUGAAUCCACUCAUCUAUACCUUCAGGAAUAAAGAAAUGAAAGCUGCAAUGAGAAAACUUUUCAGUCAAUUUGUGAUGUACAGGAAGAUGUUUUAUUUUAUUUUUUUUUCUUUCUGA